GCGUUCAGUCAAGAGGCUCUAUCACGAUAUCGUAAUCCCGCUGGGCAAGGGCCACAGGGUUGAGGAACUGAUGCAGGACAUCUUGGGUGACGUGAAAAAUCUGGCGGCUAAUCAGGUGUUCCAGUUGGCGGCGCAAGUUGACGUGUUGCAACGGGCGAUAGAUGAGCUGGCAGAAGUAGAGCCGUCCGUGCCAGACCGCAAGCUGCAGUCUGGUCAGGGUAGUCACUACAAUGUCAAUGAGGGUUCCGGAACCUUCAACGCGUUGACCGCCUACGGAGAUGGGGACAAUGUCUCAGUCGCUGCCGGAGGCACCUUCAAUAAGGCAGAGGAAAUCAAUUCGACGAAGUGAUCUUCGAGCUGCACUCCUCUCAAAAAUCGGGCCACCACCGAACAAAGGGCGUAUCGCCGAGGGCACUUGCGAAUGGAUCAAAGGCGACAAGCAAUUCCGAAACUGGCUUACGAGCCAAGGCCAGCACCUCUUGUGGAUAAGCGGCGGACCUGGGAAGGGCAAGACGUUCCUCUCCACCUACAUUGUUCAUGAAUUGACGAAGAAAAGAGAGGGCGCAUUGAUUCUGAAGUUCUUCUGCAACAGCAGGGACGGCCGACGUAACACCGCACAAGUCGUUCUCUUGUCCUUUCUCCAUCAGCUUCUGGAAGAUCGCCACGAUGACAAGUCCCUCCAUGAGGAGGUCCAGGCUCGAUUCCAGGAUCCUCAUACCGACCUGUCCGCUAAUAUUCCUCGCGAAGAUCUCUGGGAAAUCUUUGAGAAGGGAGCAGGCCGACCGAAGGGGAAAUUCCAGCGGCAGAUCUAUUUAGUGUUGGACGGCCUUGACGAGUGCGAAUUCGAGUCGAGAGAACAUCUUACCGAGAAGUUGCGAGCGACGUGCUCCGCCCAGGGCGCCACCCUAAACUUCAAGACGAUAAUCACCACUCGCCCGUCAACGGUGGACGCCGGCACUGACCUCAAGAUAAAUCUAGACGAUCGGGAACACCAAAGACAGACGCUGGACGACAUCCGCACAUUCAUUCGCUCGGAGGCCAAAGACCGGAUUCAGGAAGGCGAAGCCUUUGAGUCAUUCGUGAACGUCUUGGCCACACGGGCAAACGGAACAUUCCUCUGGGUCGCUUUGGCAAUGCGGAUGUUGAAAGACGACGGCGCGGCCCUGGAAGCGGUUGUGGAUGGUCGGGAUGCGGACAUCCUCGACACACUGCUGCCGACUGGGCUGCAUUCUAUUUACAACCGCAUGCUUCUCGAAGCUCUUCAAGGCAAACGUCGACGAGGCGAUGGUUUCAGGCCGGAGGAUGCAGCAAGGCUUAUUCACUGCGUAUGCGUCGCCUUUGAGCCAUUAACGCAGACGGAACUAGCGGCUGCAACAGGAAUCUGCCCGACUGCUGUGUCCGCACACCUGCACAACUGCAGAUACAUGCUCUCGGAACUGGACGACGGCACCUCAGACACAAAAACCCGGCGGUUGCAACUGGUUCAUAUGUCGCUCAAGGAAUACCUCCAGCAUACCCAAUUCGUUAUGCUUCCAGCGCCAAUAGGCCGGGCUCUCUGGCCAGGCCUCGCAUUUACCUUGACGUCUAUCCGAAGACGGGGCUUUCAAUUUGACUUUCUGGAUCAUAUCCUAUUUGCGGCCUUCCUCAUACAUGCGCGGAACCUCUUUCUGCGGCACCAAGCUGCCGUCGCUUUAGCGAUCUUGAUCUAUUUCGCUGUUCUACGCGGGCGAAGGCAGUCGCUGCUUCUGCUCUGGCUUCUGAAGCUAUCCGACCUCUUUCUGGAGCACUGCAUCUUUGCCAUCUUUGCCAUCCAUGAAGGGAAAGUUCACACAGCGUUGUUUAUGAGAUGCCUUGCACUUAUGCAGGCUUACCUAAAGAAGGAUAUGUGCAACCUCUCACAUCCAGGAGCACUCGCCUCCGAGGUGGUGAAAAGAAAAUUGGAGAGCUCCUUUCCUCCAGGCCUCCGUUAUGCAUGCAUCUACUGGGCGACACACUUUCAAGAGGGUGAAAUGACCUUAAAGGACGGAAAACAAUUGUCUAUGGAUAUCAGCGGCUUUUUUGAGGAUCAUUUCCUUCACUGGAUUGAGAGUCUCGCUCUCCUAGGAAAACUCUCAGACGGGGUAAUAUCGAUAAGAAAGCUACUCCAAGUUGUCCAGGAAUCGGCUGCAAGUCCUCAGCUUGCUAGAUUCUUGGAAGAUGCCGAGAAGUUUGUCCGUAGCCACGGAUCGAUUAUAGGACGGACUCCCUUACAGUCGUAUGGCUCUGCACUCGUGUUCAGUCCUAAGAUAAGCGAGGUUAGGAACAUGCAGUGGAAAGAGAGGCUGUCAUUUAUCAGGGAGGUCGCGGGAAUUAAGAACCACUGGGGCGCGCACUGGCAGACGCUCGAGGGCCACAGCGGUCCCGUUAGCGCCGUGGCAUUUUUGCAGGACGGCAAAACGCUGGCGUCGGCUUCUGUCGAUGACACAGUACGGCUCUGGGACACCGGCACAGGUGCGCACCGGCAGACACUCAAGGGGCACAGUGGUCCUGUUGGUGCCGUGGCCUUGUCGCCGGACGGCAGAAUGCUGGCGUCUGCUUCGUCCGAUAAAACAGUGCGGCUCUGGGACGCUGGCACGGGCGCGUACCGGCAAACGCUCAACGGACAUAGUGGUCCCGUUCACGCCGUGGCCUUCUCGCCGGCGGGCAAGACGCUGGCGUCGGCUUCGGACGAUCGAACGGUACGGUUCUGGGACGCCGGUACGGGCGUGCACCGGCAGACGCUCAACGGCCAUAGAGGACCUAUCUGCGCCAUAGUCUUCUCGCGGGACGGCAAGACGCUGGCGUCGGCUUCGUACGAUGGAACAGUACAGCUCUGGGAUGCCAGCACAGGUGCGCAUCGGCAGUCACUUGAGGGGCAUAGCGGCUCUAUUAGAGCUAUGGCCUUGUCGCGGGACGACAAGACGCUAGCGUCGGCGGCGGACGACAGCACAGUACGGCUCUGGGACGCCAGCACAGGGGCGCUCCGGCAGACACUCAAGCGGCAUAGAGAAACCGUCAACGCCGUGGCCUUCUCGCCGGAUGGCAAGACGCUGGCGUCGGCUUCGCACGAUGGAACAGUACGGCUUUGGGACGCUGGCACGGGUGCGCACCGGCAGAAGCUCAAGGGGCAUAUAGGAAUCGUCUGGGCCGUGGCAUUCUCGCCGGAUGGUAAGUUGCUGGCGUCGGCUGCGAGCAAUGGCACAGUGCGACUUUGGGACGCCAGCACAGGCGCACACCGACAAAUGUUCAAGGGACAUAGUGAUUCAGUCUGGGCCGUAGCCUUCUCGCCGGACAGCAAGACGCUGGCGUCGGCGUCGGUCGAUGAAACAGUGCGACUCUGGGACGCCGGCGCAGGUGCGCACCGGCAGACGCUCGAGGGGCAUAGCGGUUCUAUAAGAGCCGUGGUCUUGUCACCGGACGGUAAGAUGCUGGCGUCGGCUUCUGUCGAUGGAACAGUGCGGCUCUGGGACGCUGGUACAGGCGCGCACCGGCAGACGCUGGAAGGACAUAGAGGUGCCGCUAGUACUGUGGCCUUCUCGCGGGACGGCAAGACAUUGGUGUCUUCGGACGAUCGAACAGUACGGCUCUGGGACGCUGGCACAGGCGCGCACCAGCAGACGCUCGAGGGGCAUAGAGAAUUCGUCAGCGCUGUAUCCUUCUCGCCAAGUGACAAGACGCUGGCGUCGGCUUCGUACGAUAAAACAGUGCAGCUCUGGGACGCCGGCACAGGUACACACCGUCAGACGCUCAAGGGGCAUAGCGACUCUGUUACGGCUGUGGUCUUCUCGCCGGACAGCAAGACACUGGCGUCCGCUUCGGAGGACCGCACAGUGCGGCUCUGGGACGCUGGCACAGGUACGUACCAGCAGACGCUUAAGGGGCACAGCGACUCUGUUAUUGCUGUGGUCUUCUCGCCGGACAGCAAGACGCUGGCGUCCGCUUCGGACGAUGGAACAGUGCGGCUCUGGGACGCUGGCACAGGUACGCACCGGCAGACGCUUAAGGGGCACAGCUACUCUGUUACGGCUGUGGUCUUCUCGCCGGACAGCAAGACGCUGGCGUCGGCUUCUGUCGAUGGAACAGUGCGGCUCUGGGACGCUGACCUGGGCGCACACCGGCAGACGCUCGAUAUCAAUCAAAUCCCUACAAGCCUAACAUUCUCAGAAGAUGGCCAGUAUCUGAAGACGGACUAUGGAUCUCUUAGACUCUCGUCAGCAUCCACCCCAGGCCAAUAUCCUGACAAGAGCGUUUCAGAUCAUGCUUUAUAUGUCGAUAAGGAGUGGAUAACCGUUGACGGGAAGAAUCUCCUAUGGCUUCCCAAAGAUUAUAGACCUACAUGCGCAUGUCAGCAUGGGAGUACCUUGGUCUUAGGUCAUGAGUCUGGCGGAUUGACAUUCUUACACUUCGAAUUUUCAUAACUAGAAUAUUGAAUAACUAGCGAAGUUAAGUGAACUGGUCAAUAUGUUUGUGCCACGAUGCGAAAGGCUUCUGUGAUGACUAGGGCCCCGACCGUCUGCGCCCUGUUCAG